UCCACAACUCUCUCACCAAACCCCAAAGCCUUCACAUUCCAAUCUCUCCCCAAAAUCAAUAUUCCCAAAAUGGCCACCCUCAUGCCUACCAAGAAACGCCCCAUCUCCUCCUCCUCCUCCGCCUCCAAGAAGCACCACCCCCACGCCGAGGACCCCGCCGCGGCCCUGGCCAACGCCCGCCACGAGUUCGGCGAGCACGGAGGCGUGAACAUGUCGAUCGAGGCCUCCGCCACCUUCACCGUGAUGGAGCCCGAGACCAUGCGCCGCAUGUUCUCCGGCGAGCUCGGCCCCGACCGCGACUUCUUCAUCUACAGCCGCCACUUCAACCCCACGGUCCUCGGCCUCGGCCGCCUCAUGGCCGCCAUGGAGGGCACCGAGGCCGCCUACUGCACCGCCUCCGGCAUGUCCGCCGUCUCCUCCGUCCUCCUCCAGCUCUGCAGCGCCGGCGGCCACGUCGUCGCCUCCCGCACCCUCUACGGCGGCACCCACACCCUCCUCGCCCACUUCCUCCCCCGCACCUCCAACAUUACCACCUCCUUCGUCGACAUCCGCGACCACCACGCCGUCGACCGGGCCAUGCUCCGCGGCACCACUAAUGUCCUCUACUUCGAGACCAUGUCUAAUCCUACGCUCACUGUCGCUAACGUGCCCGAGCUCUGCAGGAUGGCGCACGAUAAGGGCAUCACCGUCGUCGUCGACAACACCUUCUCGCCCAUGGUCGUCUCCCCGGCCCGCCUCGGCGCCGACGUCGUUUUGCAUAGUAUGUCCAAGUUCAUUAGCGGUGGCGCCGAUUUAAUCGCGGGGGCAGUGUGUGGGCCAGCCAGCUUAGUGAACUCAAUGAUGGACACUCUCCAAGGGAGCCUGAUGCUGCUGGGGCCCACGAUGAACCCGAAAGUGGCGUCCGAGCUGGCGGGGAGGCUCCCUCACCUAGGGCUAAGGAUGAAGGAGCACUCCAACCGCGCCCUCGUGUAUGCCACGAGGAUGCGGAAGGCGGGACUAAAGGUCAUCUACCCGGGGCUGGAGGACCACCCGGACCAUGCCACGCUUAAGUCCAUGGCAAUUAAGGAGUAUGGGUACGGAGGGCUCCUAUGCGUGGACAUGGAGACGGAGGAGAGGGCAAACCGGUUAAUGAACCUGCUACAAAAUUGCAGCCAGUUCGGGCUAAUGGCGGUGAGCUUGGGAUACUACGAGACUCUCAUGUCCUGCUCGGGGAGCAGCACGAGCAGCGAGCUGAGCCAGGAGGAGAAGGAGUUGGCCGGGAUCUCGCCCGGGCUUGUUAGGAUGUCGAUUGGGUUCAAUGGCACGUUGGAACAGAAGUGGAGCCAAUUCGAGAAGGCUUUGUCUAGAAUGCAGGAUCCAAAAUUUGUUCAAUAAGGUGUAGGCCAUGGGGGUGUGGGUAUUAUGUAAUGUAAUCUAAUGGGAGUAAUAUCUUUUCUAUUGUUUAUUGUUUUUCUUUAA